GCGAGUUCCAGGACAGCCUCCAAAGUCACAGAGAAACCCUGUCUCGAAAAACAAAACCAAAAAAAAAAACAAAACAAAACAAAAAAAAGCUUGGGAGUCAAUGACCCAGGGAAUAACACGGGAGUGGCUGAAGUUAGGCUGCCAGGCCCUGGCUAAUUUGGAGUCUGGGGUGCAGAUAAACAGGAAGUGACACCCAGUCUGGUACCCUGUCCUUAUACCUCCCCGACCCCUAGGAAUGCCCCCUUCCAGCCACCCUCUCCCCAACCGCUGGCAAUUCAUGGCAGCCUCACCCACCCUGGCCCCUCUCCAAGAAGGUCCCCAAAGGAGGCCACCAGCCAGAGGGAAAGGACUGGAGCAUCAUAGGAGCACGGGGCACUGGCCUUCUGGGGUGAAGAAGGAGUAAAAAGCUGGGAGGCCAUACUGAUGUCCCAACUGUAGGGAGGGCACUGCUCCUUCCUCAAGUUCAUAUUGCUCUACCAAGAAACCUUCAAGUCACCCCUGGCAUGCCCCAGCACCUUGGGAGGAGCAAGCCCUGCACAGGCAUGGGCCGUUCCCUGUUAACACACCCUCCACAUCCUUCCCCACCAUUCCUGUGGCCUGGCUAAUGAGAGCCUGUCAGCCUGCCCAAGGGUGAGUCACCCACACCAGCAGGCCUCCCCUCUUCCUUCCCCAACAAUCGCUUCGAAAGUUGCCUUUCAAUUAGCUCCCUGGGCUCUUCCCAGAGACAUCUGGGGCUAAAGAGGCAGGCAGGCCUGCUGGGGUUACAGCGAUGGAGCUUUGACUAGAAAGGAAGUAAUCUAGUGACACACCCAGACCAGUCCCUAGAAGAAUCUGAAGCGUCCUACUGCCCUGGGGUGUUGGUCCCAGCUGCCCCAAUCCCAGCCAGCAGAUGCUGCAAUUACCUCAGAGCAUGAAACCAGCUUCCCACCUGACUGAGUCAGCUGAAAACAAAACACAUCUCUACCACACGCUGGCACAAACAGCCCAAGCCACUAAUCAGAGUCCCCAGAUGCUGGCAGGGAGAGCACAGUCCUCCACUGCCAGGAGAUCGGCGGAGGCCAGAGCCACCAGCGAGAGGGUGAACAGAACCCAGCUGCCGCCUGCCUGUAGGAGUGCCGCUCCUCCCCGGAGGUCCAGCCCUGCCCACCGGCCCUCAGCCUUGUUUUACCCCUGCUGUGCUCUGUGGAACUCCCAGCACUCUGAUCUCCCGGACAAAAUCUCCCUCCUGCUAGUCCUGUCUCCCCAUCCAAGAUGUAACAAGACAAGGGCCACACUGAGCAGAGACCUACAGCCUCUGCUUCUAGCCCUUGAGGGCUGUCUCCCCGCUUCCUGGCCUCCAGCACUCUAGCAAAUGGUCACAAGCUGCCGCUGAGUCCCUCUGGGAUUUCUCAGAUGCCAGACCUGCUGGCUGGCUGAGGAGCUCUAUGGAGACUUGGCGGAAAGGCUCCUUCCGUAAUGCCUCCUUCUUCAAGAGGAUGACCCUGGGGCGGCCACGGCGACUGCGGCGACAGGGCAGCAUACUCAGCCAGGCCAGCACUGCUGGUGGUGACCACGAAGAGUACAGCAACCGAGAGGUCAUCCGGGAACUUCAAGGGAGGCCAGAUGGCAGGCGUCUGCCCUUGUGGGGGGAUGAGCAGCCCCGAGCCACCCUGUUGGCCCCACCCAAGCCCCCACGUCUCUACCGAGAGAGUUCCAGUUGCCCCAACAUUCUGGAGCCCCCAGCAACCUACAGCACUGCCUACUCGGCCACCCUGCCUUCAGCAAUCUCCCUGACAGGCCCCCUCCACCAAUGCUCAGAUGAGAACCUUUUGGACACUCCCCCUUUCCCAAGGACACCUGCUCCAGACCUCAAUGACCCUUUCUUUUCCUUCAAAGUGGACCUGGGGAUUUCACUUCUGGAGGAAGUCCUACAGAUGCUAAGGGAGCAGUUCCCUAAUGAGCCCCACUUCUGACCCCGGUGAGGGCAGAGGGAACUGGGGUGACUGAAGCCUGGGGGACCUAGGGGAGAAAGGCACAGUGUGGAUUAAGAAGCAGUUCAGCCUGCCCUCAAUCCUCCAAGGCACCCAGAGUGAAGGGACAGAAGCCAGCUGGGAAUGUAUGGGGUCGCUUUCUGGCAGGAGCCCUGAAGGAAGCUGGGAAGGUCAGGAAAAGGAAGCCACACCUGCAACCACAGGAACCGGUCAGAGGUCAGUGGAGAGACAGGGUGGCAUGGGGCAAGUCAGGGAGUAGGACUCUGAUUGGACAGGACAGACAGUGCCCUGCACCAGCCUCUCCAAGCCAUUGUCAACAGAGCAAUCAUAAAACACCUCUAGGAAGAAGCAAUCUGAGUUUAAGAGAACGUGGGGAGGCCGGAGAGGACAGAGAUAGAUAGCGGCCACUCACUUCCUAUGACUGAUUUAACUGAAAUAAACAAAAACUGAAAGUUCAGUGCUUGCUUGUGAGCAGGAGGGCCUGAGUUCAGACCUCCAGCGCCCACAUAAAAAGCUGUGCAGGUGUGACAGUCUGCCUGGAAUUCCAGCAUUCAGGAUGCAGGCACAUGGGAUCCCAGGGGCAGGCUGGCUGGUUACACUACUCAGAUUUGCAGACUCCAGGUCCAGCAAGAGCAAGAGCCCCUGUAUCAGUAAUAAAAAGUGGAGAGCAACUGACAUCACCCUCUGGCCUCCACUUGCACGCACACACACAUACAGAUACACACACACACCCACCCACCAUAUAGACACAAGUAAAAAGAAAAAUUCAGUUCCCUUUCAUCCUAGCCAAUUUUGUUUACUUUUGAGACAGGGUCUCUUAUGUAGUGAGGGUGUCCUUAAACUUAUGAUGCGCCUACCUCCACCUCCUGAGUGUUGGGAUUUCAGGUAUGUGUCACCACCACACCCAGUGGGGUUGGGGAUCAAACUCAGGGCUUCAUGCAUGCUAAGCAAGUACUCUACCAAAACAAGCCACAUGCCAGCACUCUAGCCACAUUUUAAGGAUGUUUUUAAAUUUUAUUUUUAAUUGUGUAUGCAAAUAUAUACUGGUGGCUGCAGAGGCCAAAGGUGUUAGAUGCCCCUGUAACUAGAGUUACAGGUAGUUGUGAGUCACCUAAUAUGGUUGCUAGGAAUUGAACUCAGGUCCUCUGGAAGAGCAGUAUGUGUUCUUAAUUAAUGAGCCAUCUUUCCAGCCCACCUAGCCAUAUUUAAAACCAACAGGCAACCACAUCUGAUUCAUAGUUACCACACUGGCCGACAGAAAAUAAACCAAAGUCCACUGGACAGUGUUGUCCAGACACCAGUGUGGAAAUGCCAGAAGCCAGGAUAAGGAAAGGAAGAUGCUGGCCCUGAGCUUCAAGCGCAGGAGGGGUUGACAGAGCAGGAGGGGCAGGCAGAGGAAAAAGCAGGGGAAAUGCCCAACAAUCAUUAGCAAAACAGCACGAGACUCCAGCAUCCCACAGACCCCCAAGCAAUCUCUGUGAGGGAGGAGGCAGCUCAGGGAAUCACCAGGUUGCAGAGGGGUGUUUUGGGAACUCCCACAAGUACUAUGUAUGGGAGCCUCUGGGAAAGGCUCUAAAAGCAGCAGCUUUCCUUCCCAGCAGGGGGACGCCAGAGCAGGGAGAGGACAAAGCACCAAGCAGCUCCGGAACCCUCCGCCAGGCCUGGGGAGCUCUGCCUUGCCCGGUCUGUGGCUUGGCCACAUCUGAACCCAGAAUACAGAAGCACUGGGCCAUGUGGGUCUGGUCCCCAGAUCUCUCUGAUGGGAAAGGAGGGUAGAGGGACACUGUGACACACGCUGCCUCCACAGAGCCACAUCCAUGAUAUCGUUCCUGCUCCUGUGCAGAGCGCCAGGCUGAGAGGUUGCACUGGCUACAGGAGGCAAUGAAUAAAGGUUUUCUAAAACAA